AUGGAGCAAUGCCAUCACCACUGCGAUGAGGUUGGUUUCAAUGCUGAGGAAGCCCACAAUAUUGUCAAAGAGUGUGUAGAUGGGGUUUUAAGUGGUGAAGAUUAUAAUCACAACAUUAACCAGUGGACUGCAAGCAUAGUGGAACAAUCCUUAACACAUCUGGCUAAGUUGGGAAAAGCUUACAAAAAUAUUGUGACCUGUGCAGUGGUCCAGAAGAGUGUGUAUGGCUUUCACACAGCCAGCUCCGGUUUUUGGGAUACCACACCUGAUGGAACCUGUACCAUAAGAUGGGAGAACCAGGCCAUGAAAUGUGUUGUAAACAUUUUUACCAUUGCUAUUGUUCUUUAA